CUGACUUGUAUUACACUGUACUGGAGGAUGAGUUCAGUGUGAGAGACUGCAUGUGUUAUUAUUGCUGCUUUAAAAUCAUGAUGUGGAUAUUGAGCAUGAGUUGCUCUAAAUUUCUCUCAUACUAUCCCCUUUCUGUGGGCACCUGGAGAUCCAGAUUUAAAAUGAACAACCACUGCCAAGUCUGUCUGGUCUUUUAGCUCUUGAGGAUUAUAGUGUGUCUCACCACGAGGACCAUUUAGGCACUUUCUAACAUCUCUACGGUUUUUCAAAGGCUCUAAUAGGAAACAAGUUGAAUUUUUCUUAGUUUCUCAUGGCCUGCUGCUUCCACACCCUUCGACAUGACAGCUGGAUCCCAGAUGAUGAAAGCAGCCACCAGCACAAUAGCACAGGGAGUGAAGGGGGCGAUAGCACUCCUCCCCCCAAGCGCAAGGGCAAGUUGUCUACACUGGGCAAGAUCUUCAAACCUUGGAAAUGGAGAAAGAAGAAAAGCAGCGAGAAGUUUAAGGAAACUUCAGAAGUUUUGGAAAGAAAGAUGUCGAUGAGAAGACCACGGGAGGAGCUGAUCGAGCAGGGAGUCCUAAAGGAGCUUCCUGAUAAUGAGGCAGAUGAGGCACAUGGGUCCAAGCCACCAUAUGUGAAGAAUGGCCACACGCUACCUGUAGGGGGCACCAUUGGAAGUGGAAGUCGGGGAAUUGAGUCAGUUCGGCCUACAUCUGACUUGCAAUUCAGAGUCAAUCCGGAGCGCAGGGGUCGUGACCCCUCUGAUGCUGAGCGACGUGCAAUAUCUAGCCAGGAUGAAUGCUGGAGAGGAGGCCGGGUUGCAGUAGAUGAGUGGAAGCCAAGUGUGGGCUGGCAGGGAGAGGAAAUAAAGCAUGGAGGCAGAAUCCACACAGACACAGAGAGAAAGCCCGGUCUGAUCAAAGCCCCUUCAGAGGAUGGCAGAAGAACUCGCCCUGAGGUCGAUUGGAAGCCCAGCCUUCCCCGACACUCAUCCGCUGAGGAGGGCAGAGGAAGGAGAGAAUCGGACAGCAGUCACUAUAUUCCUGACCCUGAGACUCUGAGGGAUACUCUGCGAGAGCCUCUGCCCCCUAAGCAGACCAUUAUGACCCCCAAAUGGCUGAUGAGCUCCACCGCAGAAUGUGGCACUGAUGUCUUGCCACACACACCCGUCCACAGCCCUGCAACCUCAUUCUCUACCUCCGGCUCCUCCAGCUCUCCGUCGUCCUCUGUUCCCGGCGCAACCGCAAAGACCCUGCGGAUGGCCCCGUCUGCUGUGGCCAGCGUGCCCCUGGCAUCCUCUUUCACCCAGUCCUCCACCCAAGGGUUAAUGCCAGCACAGCAUGCUAGGCAGCCCCCACUCCCUCCACCCAAACCAGUCAACCGCACCACCAACGCUGCUAUGCUGGCUUCCACCCUUCAAGGGGGUGAUCCCUUUCCCCUCUACUGGUCCUGCUGGAAGCGUGAGGCUGACUAUGAUGUCUACCUGUCACUGCCCGUGUACUUAUGCCGGCGGGCAGGAGGUGGGCGCACAGCUGAACUCACACAGGUUGUAGGAAGUGCCAACCCAGCUCAAGCUAAGCCAUCGCCACCUAUGCCCCCCAAGAGAACCACGCCGGUCACAAAGCGCCACACUGAGAACUCCACCCUUUCCAUCUCCUCUCUGCCCUCAAUGCUCUCUCCUGAGGACAGGGCAAAUAUCCCAGGAGGGUUCCCGCUGCCCCCGCCGCCACCGUCCCCACCUCUCCCCACGCACAUCCCACCCUCGCCUCCUCGAGGACACCCUCACCAGCUCUUCCACCAACACUCCUACCCUCAUCCUCUCCCCGACCCACUACCUGUCCAUUUUGACCCUCCGAGCCCGCAGGAAGAGCUGCCUACACGUCAAGCCCCGGUACCCCUGCACAUCAUGAUCCAGCGUGCACUGAUCAGCCCCGGAGCUGCCCUGCCUCACCUGGAUGCCUCCCACCGUGCCCACUCUCUGCUGUUUGAAACCCCUCCAGAGUACCAAGGAUCUCGCCCGCUGCCGGUCACCAUCCAGCCUUUAAAAAUGGCUGAAGAUGACUACUCUGAUGAAGAGGAAGAAGAGGAGGAAGAUGAUGAAGAAGAGGAAGAGGAGGAGGAGGAUGAAGAUGAGCCACCUCCUGAACACCUCCCUCCCCCUCAAAUUCAGCCAGAGCUGGAGCCUCGCAGCCGCCGGUGCCUAGUGGGUGAUGUGAACAUCCGAAUUAUGCCAGAGGGAUCAGACAGCAGUGAGGAAGAGGAGAGAGAGGAAGAUCAGCAGGCUGAUGAGAGCGACUCAGAUGGCCCUGUGCUUUACAAAGAGGAGGAAUCGGAUGAAGAGGACGACAGUCCACCGAGUAGUCUGGCCAGCAGGGUGAAGAGGAAGGACACUUUGGCUCUGAAGCUGAGCAGUCGGCCUUCAGCCCCAGACAGACAGGCUCCUGAGAGGCAGACCAGAAUGGAGUACACAGGUCUGUCGUGGCAGAGCAAAGAGCAGUGGGAGGCCAUCCGCACACAGAUUGGCACAGCACUCACACGACGACUGAGCCAGAGGCCCACCGCUGAGGAGCUGGAACAGAGAAACAUUCUCCAGCCCAAAAAUGAAGCUGAUCGGCAGGCAGAAGUUCGGGAGAUCAAACGCAGGCUCACCAGAAAGUUAAGUCAGAGGCCAACAGUUGCUGAGUUACAGGCCAGAAAGAUCCUGCGCUUCCAUGAGUAUGUGGAGGUCACACACGCCCAAGACUAUGAUCGUCGUGCUGAAAAACCAUGGACCAAACUCACACCUGCUGACAAGGCUGCAAUACGGAAGGAACUCAACGAGUUCAAAAGUUCUGAGAUGGAAGUACAUGAAGAAAGUAGAAUUUAUACAAGGUUUCAUCGUCCAUAACGUCUUCCAUUGCCUGGAAAGUGAAACAUUUGAGCACUGGUGGCAGGGUGUCUGCGUGUCUGCGUGCCUGCGUGUCUGUGUGUCUGCGUGUGUGCGUGUGUGUGUGCGUGCGUGCGGAGCUUCAGGGUGUUUGUGCUCCUAACAAAUUGCCCUUCGGUGAAUGUACUGUACAGAUACGUGGAACUAAUAGAAAACUUUUUCUCACUCAUCUGCCCUUUGUAAAUAUGACAGAUGGGAGGGCUAAGAACAAUACAGUAUUUCUCCCUGAUGUUGAAGGGAGACAGACAACCAGAGCACUAAUGAAGAAGCCUCAAAUAUGGAUGUACAGUGUGUGUGCCAUCAGGAGAACAUCUCUCAGGAACCGAGAUCCCCUUUAGCAGCACAGGGCUGAAGGGGAAGGAAAGGUCAAGAUUGACCAUUAUAAUUAAAUAUUCAGCUUUUCCUUUUAGGGAAAUGUGUAAACCAUAACAAAUAGUAUUAAGUAAUGAUAAUAAAUAAUUGUUAGAUUCAUAUGGACUGAGCAGAGUUGAGUACAGAUGGACUUUGCAUGGACAGGAAUGUGUAUGUGUGUACAGUGUUGUAAUUUUCUCUUAGGCUGAAACUUUUAAAUUUAACCAUUAGACUGUAAAGCACAAUGUAUUAUGAUGCAUUGUUACAUUUGUGUGAAAUGGGGACAGGUUUAUUUAUGCCUGCCUUGCUUACAUUUGCCCUUCCUGUGCAACUUAUUAUUAGAAAAUGGGAAGGGAGAAAAAGGAUGGCCUCUUUUAUUUAUUUAUUUUUUUUAAUCUUUGAGCAUUACACUUCAUGAUUCUAAUCUAACUACAAUAUUUUAUGUUUUAAUCCCUUUUUAACAAUCUAGGGCUGAAUCAGUUAAAGUACAAUAUUAAAGUCAUAUUUCUGAAAGUUAGGACUGUGUACUUGUCUUAAUAAGAAUAAAUUAUAAUGUAGUUUGAAUUCAAUUUCAAGCCAAGUGAACAGUCCAAGUAUUGAUAUAACACUAUGAAGACGGUUGUGUUUUUUUUUGUUGUUUUGUUUUGUUUUUUAAUAGUGUAAUAAUUAUUUCAGCUCACAUCAUUUUCUCCUUUUCUUCUUUUUAAAUAUCUAUGGCCAGUAGAAUAAUAUGCUCAAUAAACAUGCUCUGCUGUACAGAUCUACUAUUUAGAUUAAACUAACUGUUGUGUAUAUCUUGCCUUCCUUUUAUUUGGAAUUGUAUUUUAAAUAUUAUGAAAGUAAUAUAGGUUGCUAUUUUUUUAAGCACAAAAUAUUUGUGUUUUAUUCAGUGCUUUAAAGCUCCUUUUUUUGUUGUUUUUUUUUUUUAAUUUUUGUUUGUUUUGUUUUAAUUUGAUUAUGUGAACAUUUAGGAACUGACAGUAUUUUUCUGUUUAUAUGUUGCCUAUGAAUCUAAAUUAAAAGCUCACAAAUAGUC